AUGAAGUUCACUACCGUCGUCGCUGCUGUCCUCUCCAUGGCUGCCUUUGGCAUUGCCGCUCCCGUUGCUGCUCCCGCCGCUGAGGACGUUGCAGUUCGCCAAAACCACGGCAUGUGCGUCAGUGGCUCGGGCGGAACCGUCACCCAGAUCACCGACUGCUAG